AAGCAAAGUACGGAUCAUCCGCCAUCAUCACCAAAACGAAAACAAUCAAAUUCCAAGAUGGCUGACUUUGACUGGCCCUGGCAGUACAAGUUCCCCCCGUUUUUCUCGAUUCAGCCAAACAUUGAGACGAGGAAGAAGCAGCUGGAAGCAUGGUGUACUCUAGUGUUGACCUACCAGAAGCACAUGAAGCAAUACAAUCUCGAUGUGAACGAGGCACAGAAUUCCGAGUUAUUCUACAACAAGCAGUUGAAUCGCCGAUUGAACUUGGAUGCCAUGUACACAGUUCUGGAGGAGCUAAGGAAGAGAGGUAACUUGGAGUGGAAGGACAAGAACCGCUCAGCCUGUACCCUAAUGUGGCGUUCACCUGCAGAAUGGGGCAACAUGAUUUACAGCUGGAUCUCUUCACGAGCAAUGAACAAUACAGUAUGCACUCUGUUUGAAUUAUCAGAGGGUGAGGACAGCGUGGGACAAGAUUUCCAUGGACUAGACAAGGGAAUUUUACUUCGAGCUCUGAAAUCUCUUGAGGCAGAAGGAAAGGCAGAAGUUAUAGACUUUGAUGGGAAUGAAGGUGUAAAGUUCUUUUGAUACUAGUGUUAUGAUAAUUAUGAUUCGUAAAUGUGAGUGUAAGAUCUCCGGUGAUCUUUUUGGCAUGUGUGUACUGUUCCACGGGUGUUGAGUAAGUGUGAAAAGGGAGAGAUUUGAAAAUAGUUCUUUUGUCAUACUUUUGAUAAAGAGGUAUAAGUGUGCUUUUUUAAAAAAUUUAUUGUUCACUGCAGGCUUAAUGAGAUUGAGCUGCCCAGUUGUUGGGCAUUUAAUCUAUCUUCAGGUAAAUUCUCUUUAAAAUUAGGUAGCAUUAGGAAAUCAUUCGUCGCUCUGUUGUUAUUUAAUAUGCUCCUGUGGGUGGUUGGCGGGUGCUCUGGUGUAGUUUGCUUCUUCUUUCAGUGAAAAAAGUAACCAUCUAUCUUUUACCCUUUGAGAGGCGCUUUAUUUUGCUGUGUUCGUUCCCCCAGGGGCGCGUUAAUUUUGAGAAAUUAGUGAAAAUUCAGGUGGGUUAUCAUAAAUCCUUAUAACUUCAUUAUUUUUCAAGAUAAGACAACAAACCAUGCAUCAAUGAACUGGUAAUCGAAUACAGAAAACAAAUGUUGUAAAAAAUUUCAUAGCUGUAUUUGGACUUACAUUUCGCAGUUCGUUUUUCAGUCUGUUUUUGUCUGUGAGUUACUCCCGGGAGGUUACAGUCAAAUUCCUCGUAGUGUGAUAAAGUUUCAAACAGCCAGGGACACACAGGGCUACAUCACAUUUUGUGCACUGGUAGGCAGUCUGUUUUCCCUUGAAUCCAGUCUUGUCUGCCCUAUUUUCAUAGCACUCCGAACAGUUUCGCAUUGGGGGUUUCCGCUUUGCACCUGGUUUUGGUGUGAAGUAAUCUGGGGUGUGACCAGAACUGGGUACAAGUCGUUGGAGACCGUUUGCAGACUUCCUGCCCCUCCCUGAGGGUUCUGGAUGGCUGGAACUUUCAAUAAUUAGCUGCUUGAUGAUCUCCAUCCUGAAUUCAUAAUGGUUGAGGGGCUGGGGCACAGUUGUACGGUAUGAAAUGUGCAGAUUGCAGUCAUCAGCAAAUGGAAAAAAAACGUUUUUCCACCUCUUCACAGAUUUCCUCACACGGGAGUACUUUUUUAGAAUUUGGUCAGAAGUAUCUACACCUCCCAUGUGCUUUAUAUAGUCCUCAAUGCUCUCAGGUUUUGUCAGCAGUUCUCUUGGGAAUAGUGACCUGAGUGCCGAAGUGAAUAGUGCUGAGCAUGUAGACAUCACGCUUAUCAUGGUACCUCAGGGCAAAUAAAUUAUCCCAUUAAUGAAAUACUGGUUCAGGUUGUCUAAGCCUGAUGUUAGUAGAAGCUUUCACGGCUUCUGGGACUUCUUUCCUAUAUGAUCUGAGGGUCCCACACGCGCCAGUGCCACAGAAGUAGAGUUCAUCAAAUACUUCUGGGCUCACAGAGUAGUUAUCUAAAUAAAUGUGGUUGCCCUUGUUCAAUAAGCCACAGUAAGCCAGAAGCCCCACCACAGUCUUUGUAGUGACCCCACUGUCUUCUGGUAAUUCCACCAACUUAUGGUAGAAGUCCAUAGCGUUAUUGCCUGUGUAAACACGCAUACCGAGAACAUAGCUCGUGUCAGCUUCACAUGCCUCGGAAAUCUUUAUUCCAAAUUUGUAGGUUUGGCUGGGUUGUACACUUUGAAUCUUAGUCUCCCUUUCCAGGGGCAUGUUGCCUCAUCAAAACUGAUGUUUUGAUAUGGUGAAUUAAAUAAAAAGUUUCUUCACAUGAGAUUGUCAUGUAGUACUCACUGGAAAUGGCUCUUUGCAGGAUAAUAAUAAUGAUAAAUGACAUAUAUAUUUGUAACGAGAAGCUUCUCUCCACGUCUGCGGAGGUGCAUGUCUAAAAAAUGUAGAUUAGGUCUAAAUACAAAAUAAAAAAUUCAAUAUCUGAAAAGUGGUUAUAAUAAAGAAAUAAAAGAGCCUUGAUCGUUUCUUCCGACUGCGACCUGCGCCUACAAUUAACCAGCAGUUUGUAGAGAGAGAAUCUUCUCUCCACGUCUUCUGAGGUGCACGUCGAAAAAAUGUAGCGCAAAGCCACACCAGAAAGGGAUGGCACGACAUCUUUUACUGACUUCCAGAAAAACCCUACGUUUACAACAACCCCAUAUGUUGAGGCACUCACUGCCUGAGGGGCCGGUGAUGUGACGUACCGCGUCAACUCCUCAGGUGCAAUGUCAGCCAGGCCAGGGAUGUGCUGGUACUCCUGCUCGCCUGAGGGCAUCAAAACAACUUUUGCUGGGUCAAAGAGUCUUAGUUCUUUUAGGAAAUCUAUCCCAGGUUGACCCUCCAGAGUUAAAUACUUUGCUACCAUGGCUGAUGUCCCAAUGUAGGCCUCUAAAAAGAGUUUCCGCAGCCCCUCCUUUUGAUCUGGCAUCAUUCCUGUUGUGAAGAACUGAGAGGCCUCAGCGUUGGAGACACCAGCUUCCCCCAUACAUGAAUUCCAGCUCAUCCAAAGAGCUCCAUGAGAAAAAUAUCUGAAAAAGAAGAAAAAAAAUUUUAAUCUUCUGAUUUGGAAAAGACCAGUACUAAAAAAAAAGAGAAAGAAAUUCCAUCACUCCAUACAAUGGAUUUUCGUGAAUGUAAUAUUGCAUUGUUCGCUUGUAAUAAUACAACAUUCAUUUCGCGCAAAUCCGCAUUACAUGCGCUUUUUUUACAUAAUGUUCAUGAAAAACAUGCAUACACACAUCAUACAUGCACAUUCUAAUAAUAUAUAUAUGCAGUUCCACAUUCACUCUACGUUCAUUAAAAAAUAACAGACUAAAUCAGUGCAAAAUAUUGCAUACACUCUUUCUCACUAAUAAUGGGAAACAAUUGAGACUCCUAUCAAUGUGAAAAGGGCCUUAAUUACAAAUAAAACAAAUUACAGUGGAAUUCUGAUAUCGACACUUUGAUUAUUGAAUGCACUCUGACUCUGAUGAUCUUCCAACUCUUGUAAGCAAAAUCAAUGUAGUAUAGAUAAACUUUCGAGAAAAGUCUUUACCUUUCAGCAUCAUCGGAUGAUUCGUCGACCAUCACGGCAACAGGCUUUCCGCUUAGCUCCUGUUUCACCUGCUCCUUUCUCCCAGCAAACUCUUUUGGGAGGUACUCUCUACGAAGCUGUUGUACACUUGGGAUAGCACCCCCAUUCACGACCCUGUCAUUGAGGAAACGCCUUGCAGCAGUGUGGUCCGUCUUGCUCAGGGGAAUAUUCACAGCAGCACACACACCCACCCUUUCCUUGCAAAUAUCGUUCGGUUCUGAGAAAUCAAUUUCAUCAAAUAUAAGAGUCACUCUCGAAGAAGACUUAUAUGAUCUAGCUAAUAUGGGCCAAUUUCAAAAGCCUGUAUCAGUUAUAAUGCCUUUUCUAUUGAGCAUCUAUCAUGUCCACCCCCAUGACGCGCAAGGUUUCUCAUGCCUCACACGUGUCCAUUCAGUGACAUGUUAUCAAGUGUCCCAUACUGCUCAAAAGUCUAAGAGUGGUAGAAAUCUGGCCAAAUCCCAACAAACCCUUCCGCAGAAAGGUCCACCAACUAGACCUAUCUCUAUCAAGAUCUAACAACAAUCACAGAUUGAAGUCUAGAUGACUCUUGAUCUACAACAGAUCUAGGUUAUUCCAUUUUAGUAGCGCGCAUCAUGCCAGACCAGUCACCAUUAGUUUACCUAAUAAUAGUAGAUCUAUUGGUAAGCCCUUUACUCUUUUGACUAUGAUUUUAAAAAUAUCUUCUGGCAUGCAAAACCUACAGCUAUUUUUUAGGCUUAUAAUUUGGAUAUUUAUCUUUAAAAAGUGGAUUAUUGGGCUUUAGAUCUAUAUCGUCAAAUAAUAGAUAGAGUCUAUACUAGAUAUAAAGAAUAAGAAGAGUAGGCCUAAGAAGUAAAAGUUUGGGUCAGGGUUUAGACAAGUAUUUUACAAAGAAUAACCAGGGUUUUGGAUAGGAUGGGAACAAUAGUGGGUGUUGUACGCAACAUUUACUUCUAGAUCUAUAAUUUAAAAUCACAAUAAUAGACGUACCUUGUGCAGAGAUGGUACUCGGAGUCUUCGAGACAUUCCCUUAAGUCCUUUGUUUCUUUGUUGGUCCUCCCUCAACAGACUGCUCGGCCACCCGCUUCACUGCUUUCUUGUGUUUGUCCGUGUCUAGAUGCUUUCGGACUGAGGACUUCCUCGAGUGGUCCACAUCCAGGUUGCAGGGGGGCAAAACAGUUUGUCCCCUGACACAUGCCUUAGGUCCUUAAAGUCUCGCUGACGUUGGAACAGGUGUGACCAUCGUGGUGUAUUGACUACAUUUGGCGGUCUUCUUGAUAAAUUGAUCCAUGUCUAGAUUAGAUCUACCCUCCAAAAUCCUCCAAGCCUAGAUUUAAAGUCUUUUUACCUGUCCAAAUGAAUGGUCCCUCUCUCUCUCAACAAUCGGUUUCCUCAACAUGCAAACAGGUCACAGGACUAAGUGAAGACAAAGGAAGUGGUAGAUCUAUUUCUGGUACGAAUUGUUUCCCCUGGCAUCGUUAUUUUUACUCAUGGAAGAAUGUUUUGUGAAAUUGUAUUAUUAUUUUCCAAAUUUUUGCGGAAAAUCGGAUGAAAUUCGCGAACUCACGAAAAUGGCAAAAGUUGCCGCUCGCAACUUGUGGGUUUUGCGCGCAAAUUCCUCUGAGGACAGCCUAGUACCACACUCGUUCUAUAUGUUUCAGGCGCUGUAAUUUGAGAGCAGGUGGAAAGCCACAGCGAUUGACUGUCCCUGUGAAGAUGUAUGUCCUGUGUGCUUGCGAGUAUUUGAUAAGGUCCAUGGAGACAUAAAAUCUUUCACUGUGUGUGUAAUGUCCAGCACUAAGUGGGCACUUAAGUUCUUCAAGCACCUUCACGGCAUGUGGAUCUGAUUUAUCCAGGUGUACACUGAAAGAAGUUUCACUACCAACAUGAAUGAGGAGAUUCACUACGUACCUUGUCUCACUGUUGACAAGUCCGAAGACUUUGACAUGAUAUUUGUGUGGCUUUGAUGGGUUGUACUGUUUGUAUUGCCACCGCCCUGUCCCGCAUACUAUCAUUUCAUCAAGAGAUAUGUCUUUUCCUGGGUAAUAUGCGCUCAGAAAACUGUUCAGGACACAGAGUUUACAAAUGGCACUCAUAUGACCUUAUGCAGUUGCGAGCGCCGUAAAACCCUCUACAAUUUAAAAAAAAAAAUUUUUUUAAAAGAGUUCACAAAAGGUUCAAUCUUGUCUUUGCCUUCUGCUGUCGCUGUGCUCGAACAGUGAAGCAUCUUGAGGUAUUUGUGAAAAAAAGAAAAUUUCUGUUCAUAAAAUUGAACAAACAAUUGUCAUUUGAUGUGAUACUUGUGAGGCUUCGCCUGGUUGUAUUGUUUGUUAACAAAUCUGCCCUUGAACCCGAUGAUCAUCUCAUCAAUGCUGAGGUCUUGGAAUGGGUAAAAAGCAGUUUGAAAUUUUGUUAUCAGUUUAUGAAUGGCCCAGUCUUCUCUUUACCCUGAGCACCAGCUGCACCUGCAUGGAGCAUUGUGUGAUAGAGUGCGAGAAACAGGUCUGGUGGAAUCACGGCGUGUACCAUUGAGACAGUGUUUUCCUAAAUUAAUCUCUUAUGCGUGGCCUCUUGUCCAUACCCACAACGAUCAUGACCAACAGGAAUCGGAGAAAUUCUUCUCGUUUGAUGGGUGUCCAGUUAAUCUAAAGCGUGCGCCGUCUGGGAGGAUUGUUUAGUCGAUCCUUUAGACGUCCAUAGCCAUUGACGGGUGUAACCAGUCCUUGAAAACACAUCACAUUUGGGGCUACUCAUGUUAGAAAAUUGUUUUUCAUUCCUAUUUCUGCUCUAGUGCAAACACAAGUUGACACGUCGAUUUCCUCACCAAUAUUAGUCUUACUGGCUGACACGUCCUUUUUACUCUUUGUAGCAGAAAUGCAUUCGAUGGAGGCAAAGGUUGUCUCUCACUAAGUCAAGUGGUGUGAUAAAUAAAAGAGUAGACAAAGGUGGAAUGAUCUCAAUGUAUCUAGAUUGUGUCUUCGGGGAGUAUAAACUAUGACUGGAUGUGUUAAUACAGCUGAGAGUUCAUAGGGAGUCAGUUGUUUGCACGCAGGUAUACGUUACAUUGCUUAGGUUGAACUUGAUUUGAAUUUGAAUGUAUUUUUUUUACCUUGAAUUUCAAUGCCCUAGUCAUUUUUCAUUGGUUUCUUGGGUUUUUACUCGACCUGCAAAAUGUACAUGGCUAAAGUUGUAUAUUGAUGUGUUCAAAUUUUCAAUUGGUUCUUAGAGUAAAAAAUAUUAGUGGUUGCAAGAUUGUUCAGAAUAUAUAUAGAAGUAGAAGAAAUUGUACGUUCUUAUUUGAUGGGUAUGUCAGUUUGCAUACAGAGAUGAAGCUGUUAAGAUAUCCAAUAAAAACCUGUUUUGCAAUGUACAUUUCUGUUUCAGUAGGUUUUUAAAAGAUUUGUAUACUUGUAUAAUGUAAUGCAGAACAUUUGAUUUUGUCAUAAUGAUUUUGAAGGGCUGUUGGUGCUCUGUUAAUGUGUGGUUGGCGGGUGCUCUGGUAUGGUUUGUUUGCUCUCUCUUUCCUACCAAACAUCUCUUGUCCUUAUCUCUCCUCUUUUUUUCAAAUAUAUGUUACUAUCCAGUAACACCCCUAAUUUUUGGCACUUUUAUGACCUAAUUGUGACGCAGUGCCAUAAAAUUCUUCUUAAACUAACAUUUUGUUUUUGUUUUGUUUUUAUUUCAUAAUAGUGGAACAAUAUAAGAUGUGGCUGUCUGAAGUCGGAAGUUGUUUGCAGUUACAAUUGUUAAGACAAACCAUUAUAGUGCCAACUUUGUGUUGUUGUAAGCUUUAACUCAGCGUAACUGUACAGAGAAUACAAUCUGAGAAAUAUUGCAUUCUAUUGUACAUGAGAGUCCACUCAAAUCAGAAUCUGCAAGACUGCCGUUUGUUUUUUUCAGUUUAGCUGGGUUUUCAGUUUAGAUACUUUGCUUAAAUUAUAGACCAAAAAAAAUCAGAUAUUUUUUUAAAUUUCAGUUUACUGCUGUUUUUGGGUUAAUGGAGUUCAGUUUAACCCUAUCCAUACGUCCUGUUUAACUGUCGUAUCCAUACGACGUGGGGAACUCUGUGCCACCACUUUCCAAAGAGGAAAUUUACUCGUUUAUCCGAUCGGUACACUUUGCAUAGCAGUCUGUCAAAAUGAUUUUUUGAGAAAUACUGAAUCUAAAAGUAUUCUAAAAUGUGAAGAAUAUGACCCCAGGAUGUAUGGUUAGGGUAAAGCAAUUCCACUGUAUUUGAAGUUCUUGCUCAGUGUAACAUUAAGUCAAGUUAAGCACUAAAACACCUCAUAAUAAAGCAAUAAAGAUAAGGCUUCUACUUGAAACUUGAUCUACUUCUGCUAAGACUAAGACACUACGGGGUGGAUCCCCUCUUGUUUUUAUGCAUUCUUGAACAUAAACUGAAGUUAAGGAGUAAACUACUUUGUACAGAUUAAUCUAACCCUUGAUGUUUCAUGGCUGGUUCAUGUCCAUAUAUGUAAAUACAAACAGACACACGUCUUUUUUUCUGGCCUAUUUGCUUAAUUAAUUAAUCAUAAUGUUGGUGAGAGAAUGAGACUGUUGUUUCUUUACCCAAUGUUGGUCACUUUUAGUAACUUUGGGUCAAUAAACUUUGUUUAUGAUAUGACAUAA